GGCGGUGCCGCCGCGGCGCUUGCUCGGCCGCUGGGUCCCGGCGGCGGCGGCAGGGGGGAGUCACGGCCGGGCCGGGCCGGGCCGGGCCGCGCCGCCGCGGGGAGGAUGAACUGGCUGUUCCCCCUGGCCAAGGGCGGCGGCUCCUCCUCGCCCGCCGCGCCGCUGCCCGCCCUCACCAGCCUGCAGCAGCAGAAGCAGCGGCAGAUCGAGUCGCUGCGCAGCUCCCACGCCGCCAUUGCAGAAAUUCAGAAAGAUGUGGAAUAUCGACUGCCAUUCACUGUAAACAACCUGACAAUUAAUAUUAACAUCUUGCUACCACCUCAGUUUCCUCAGGAAAAACCAGUCAUCAGUGUGUUCCCACCUGUGAGACAUCAUUUAAUGGACAAGCAGGGUGUAUAUGUGACCUGUCCACUAAUAAGUAAUUUUACAAUGCACUCGGAUCUUGGAAAAAUUAUUCAAAGUUUACUGGAUGAGUUUUGGAAGAAUCCACCAGUUCUGGCUCCUAGUUCGACAUCGUUUCCGUACCUUUACAGCAAACCAGCUGGAAUGCCUCCGUAUGCUCCUCAGGGGUUUCCAUUUCUUCCUCCAUAUCCUCCCCAAGAAACAAAUAGAGCUAUAGCCCCUGUGCCAGUUGCUGAAUCUGUUCCUUCAAGUUACACUACAGAUAAGCCUGCUGCUCCCUCUUAUGGCUUGAUUGCUGAUCUGCCACUGCCUGUCCCAACAGCUGAAGCAGUACUUCAGGUUGGCCAGAAUGGAUUUACUUACAAGAUGCCUGAUGUUCCUGAUGCAUUUCCAGAACUCUCAGAACUAAGUAUAUCGCAGCUGACCAAUAUGAAUGAGCAAGAGGAAGUGUUACUGGAACAGUUUGUGAAUCUACCACAGCUGAAGCAAGUCAUUACUGAUAGAGAUGAGUUAGUGAAAAGCAUUGAAGAGCUGGCAAAAAAAAACUUAUUGUUGGAGCCUAGCUUAGAGGCAAAAAGACAGACAGUGUUGGAUAAAUAUGAGCAACUCACACAGUUGAAAGCAGCCUUUGAGAAAAAGAUGCAAAGACAGCAUGAACUUAGUGAGAGUUGCAGUCCAAGUGCUCUGCAAGCCAGACUGAAAGUAGCUGCUCAUGAAGCUGAAGAGGAAUCUGACACUAUUGCAGAAGACUUCUUAGAAGGCAAAACAGAAAUAGAUGACUUUCUCAGUAGUUUCAUGGAAAAGAGAACACUCUGCCACUGUAGAAGAGCCAAAGAGGAAAAACUUCAACAGGCAAUAGCAAUGCACAGCCAAUUUCAUGCUCCGCUAUAGAAUUCCUGCAAACUAGACCUACCACGAGAAGAGUGAACAAACCCCAUAAAGCACACUUUUUAAUAACUAUUAUUUGCAAAUAACCAUUUCAUCAUAUGUGGUUGUAUUUCUAGAGGAGAUUGUAUACAGAGCUGGGACUGUUUUGUACAAAUUAGAAUGUCUCUUUAUAUUCUCAUUGUACUAGAGAAAUCCUUCUAUUGCAAUCUUUGCACUAAUUUCUUGUAUUUAUUGUUGAUAGUUCUUAUUAUACUUGAGUUCCUGCUGCUAUACUCCAUUCUUUAGAGAUUAAAUAUCAAAGCUGUAAUUUUGACUAGCUCUUUACAUUUUUAUAAAAACAUGAUUCAUAUCUUUUGUAUUCUUGACUUUAAACAUAGGUUUGGCUUGAUCUGUGAAAGAGUUUGAGACAGCUAGUGAUGGGGCUUUGGAAACAGGAGUUAAUUAUUUAAGAUUGUCAGUGAAUUCACUGGCUGUUUUUUCUUGAGGCCAAAAAUGUUUAGCAGCAUUUUUUUUAAGUAAUAAUACAAAACUAAAUUUAGCCUGUAUUGUGUUUUGGAUAAGUAGUUUUGACUUAAGCAAAGUAUGUUUUGGAACAUUUUCUUUGAAUCAAUCAAAUAAAUGAUCUCUAGAUUUAAUGUAUUACUCAGCACUAAUGGAAUUUUGAUUUCAGGAGUGGCAUGGUACCUACCAGUGUAAUUAAAUAUAACUUGCAUUUGGCAAUUUCAUUUUCGUCCUGGUUUUACUUGGAAAGAGUGGAAAAAAAAAUCAAGUCACUUCCUAGUUCUGGUGUAUCAUACAAUAUGAAUGGAUUUAUCAUGUGAUGAACCUGAAAGCACUUUACAAAAUCUUAAUUCUGAAGUUUUGUGAAGUAGCAGUUAUUUUCCUUUUUUCUUUUUUAAAAGGAAAGGAAUAAACACUGUUUUGUCUAGGGUUACCCAGUAUGUUAUGUCAAGGCCAGUAAUGAAAAUUUGGAACAGUGAGUCUUAAUCUUGUCCUUUAAUCACUGAAUCAGGUGAGAAUGGGUAGUGUAGCCAAGAACCAAGUGUAGUAUCUUAUAGGAGAAAAAUACAACCUCCUGAACACAUUCAUGUAUGUUAUGUGUCUCUCUCUCUCUGUAAAAAGACACGUUCUUUUUCUUAUUUAUCUUAUCAGUGAAUGAAGUUCUCAUGCAGAAAGUCAGAAUUUAGAAGAAAAGUAGUUGUAUAGUUAUGGGACAGAAAUAAGAUAAAACCUGCAGAAAUUAAUAAUCUAUCCGGAAUCCUAUUUUUUUUUCUCUUUAUCUUUUGUCAGGAAGCAGUUUGGAGAUAACAGCACUUUUGUAGCCAAGAUGUUAACAUCUGUGGUAUCUAGAUAGGGUCACAGGGCAAUGUAGAUUCAAGUCUCAGACUAAAGCAGGUUGGAACAGGACAGUUUUUUCUGUAUUGGUAAUCUUCUAGACAGUCCUAAAGUCUGUGCUCUUGUAGCAAAAUGGAAUAAUGUAUUUCUUUUCAGUUAGAGGUAAGUGAGUAAACUUGCAGUCAUGAAAGUCACAUAAGCACAGCAGGAAGUCUAAUCCACAGACUAGUAAGUCUUCAAGUAGGCCUGUAGUCUGUGCUGUAUCAUACUUUACAAUAUUGUGGUCUGUCUUAAGCUAUCACUUUUCAGGGCAAGUAAGUUAUUCUCUUGUACUCAUGGGAAUUUGUGGGUUCAUUUAGUUUUUUUUUUGUUUGUUUGUUUUUGGUUUUUUUGUUAAGCUGGCCCAAAAUCUGCUAUUAGGUGUCCCAAGCAAAUGAUCCAAAUCAAAAAAGAUGCUUAGGUGCCUGAAGCUUGUAAGUACUGCUGUUUAAGUAAUGAAGAAUAUCUCCUACAAAAAACAUUGUUUCCACUGAGUGUGCCUGUUUGUUGACAUUGCACUUCUGCUAACAUGCUAGCUGAAGUCCUAAUUCAAAAUGAGACACUGUAAAAUAUGUUUUGGAUGAUCUGAGUAUUUUAAUCUCUGCAGCCCAGGAGGAGACUUAGGUUUAAGAUGCACUCUUGCCAUCAGUGUUACCUUUUUGGCAAAUUCCAUCUACUUUUAUGCUGAACGUGCAAGUUGUUCUGGAUCUUUUUCUAAGCAUCUAGGUAAGGAGCUUAAAGACAGGACACAAUUCUGUGUAGAGUUAUUUUUUUCCUUUCCCUGUGCAGAGAGAAAGGGACAGAUGACCAAAUACUUGGUGCUGUUCCUCAAUUGAAGUGUUUCCCUUAUACAUUUUGUAAUGAUUUGGAAGAACAAAUUUUUUCCUCAUCUGUCACCUUCAGCUGAAUGUUACGUGAUGUGUUGUGGUGCUCUCAUUUUAAGAUUGAACUAUCUAGCUAGCUCACCUUCAGAGGAUUUGUUUCCCAGACCAGUACUAGUUCUCAACACUUCAGCUUUUCCUUGUAGACUACUCCUGUAUUUUCUAAGAGAGCAAACUUACAGAUUCAGGGCUUUUUCAUAGAGUGUUUCUGAUAGCACUGGAGGACAGUCUAUAAGAAAAUGUCAAUGUUCAAUAUCAUUUCUUAGUACAGUGUUUUUUGUUCAGGGAUGUAAAUGUUCGGGGUUCUCUCUUUUCUCCUUUUACCUAUUCUCUUGUAUUGUUGUUCCUGUUCCUACACUUAUUUCUAUUUUUAGCCCCUCAUGCAAUCACAAACUCUUCCUUUAGGAACAGCACAGAAGUCUGUGUUCAUAGAGGGUGUGUUGAGUUAACUACAGGUAUCCUGUAACAUGCAGGAAGGGCCAACCCAUUUCUGGUUCUCAAGGAACAAGCCGGUCUACUACUGAGUUAUAUCUCUUUCUGAUUUAGUCUCACACCUGGUGGGCCAAUGAUGUUUGUUUUUGUUUCCUCUAAUCUUCAUUCGGUCACCAGAUGACCUGGUGGAACACUGAUCAUGUUUUGCCCAACAAAUAAGGGUAAGUUUCUAGCACGCUGGUAGCGUUCACUGUUAGACUCUUCCCUUACCUUAUCUUGCAGAAAGAUGAAGUGUAGGUAUAACUCCAGCUUGGAACAAUUUCCUGUGAAAUGUAAGAGAAUGGAAGCUGCUAUUAGUUGCAUAUUCUAAAGUCUCUUAAAAAUGUGUCAAGUGAGCUCUUAAGCAGCUUGGAAUAGUAGGGAAUGUACAGUGACUGGCUUCUGGAGAGUGGUGCAUUAUGGCCAUGUUCAUAAUGAGGUGUUCUGCUAAGUUGAAACAGUGACAUAAAUUAGCAUGAAUACAAGUCUUAGCAUGAAAUGCCAAGGUGGGGGAGGGUUGCAUUCUGUAGUGCAACAGCUGAUGGAGCUGACUUUUGAUAUUUUUUAACUUCUGAUCUCAUUGCUAAAUGUUUUCUAUGAUGGAAUUUAAGCCUGUUAUUCCUCUCUGAGUUAACUGACUACUGAAAUCUCUGUAUAGCAAUUGUAACUGACUUUUAUUUUAAUUUUUUUUUUUUUUUUUUUGAUUUGCAGUAUAAGGCUGUGAAAUCAAGUAAGUUACUGUAGGACAUAUAUAUAUGUAUAUACUGGUGGUAUACAACUGUGGAGUUAAUAGCACUUUCUGUUGGGGAUUUUAGAAGAAAGCUUUCCUAGAUUUCACAGUAUGCUUGACAUGCUAAUCUUUCUAAAAGGCAUUGACUGUCAGGUUUGUGCAGCUAUGCUGGUCACAACUACAAGCAAUAGACUACCCAUUCUAAAUAGUACCGAAUGUUCUUACUAUAAUUGUUGUUUGAUCUGUAAAUACUCUGUAGCUUUGUCACUUUGGACCUUGACCAAAUACAGAAAUUAGAAGGCUUUGUUAGUGUUGUUUCUGUCCAAGUUGUUUUUGCUACUUCCUUUGAAGACUAGGAAUGUUCUCUUGAGAGAUCUGAAGACUUUCACAUAAAGCUGAAUUAAAACUCUGGCAGCAAACUUAAGUCAGUUAUCACAGCCUUAUUGUGUACAUGACUGAACAGUAAAUACUGUAAUGUGUUAAACUUACAAAUAAACACUUUGGGAUUUUUAAGAA